AUGGGUUACGCCGAUGGUAAGGAUUGGACCAAUGUAUCGUUUGAAGUAGGUCGACGGCAACUCCGUGAAUGGCGGGACACAAAUAGCAGGCGUAGUGAAGAAGUUGUGGAAUUGUGGGAGCACGUUGUGAGUCGAUCACCAUCGCUCCUUGGUGAUGAGCUGUGGAUGGUGUACGAACAGGUUUGUGUAGCCGCUCUUGACUGUGCCAGGCUAGACCUGGCUAGUGAAUGUAUAUCGGCUCUGAACCGUCGUUUUCCUAGAAGUAAUCGCGUUCUGCGGCUACAGGCUAUGCAUCAUGAAGCAGCUGAACAAUUUGACACUGCUAUGGCAUUGUACGAGCGACUUAUAGAAGACGAUCCUACGAAUAACUCGUUUCGCAAAAGGAAAGUCGCGGUUUUAUUGGCACAAGGAUUGCGUCUUGAGGCAAUACGUGAGCUCAACGAUUACCUGAAGAUAUUUCUCAAUGAUUCAGAAGCGUGGCUCCAACUGAGUGAACUUUUUCUGGCUGAAUCAGAUUUUGCGAAAGCUGCGCACUGUUUAGAAGAAUGUGUUUUGGCAGCACCUCUCAACACGUUGUAUCUACGGCGUUUGGCAGAUAUUCGCUAUACACAGGGGGGUCAAGAAAAUAUCGAGCUGGCUAAAGCUUACUAUGAACAGGCCGUCAAGCUCAAUCCUUCCGAUUUGCGGGCGUUGUACGGAAUCGUUAUUUGCACGAAUUAUUUGACACAUCAUCAGAAGGGAUCAGGUACUGAAAAGAAGCGGGAUUUGUUAGUUGCGGGUACCAGUGCCAUCGAUAAGAUUCUGGCUAGAUAUGAUGAGGUCGAAUCAGUCGGUGUGAACCCAAAGAUAUCUCUUGUGAUUGAACUCAGCUGA